AGAUGUAGCGAACGCAUUCUUGGAAACUACGCCGUUUAUACGUAGUACGUACUCAGCGAAUACUGCUAUGUUAUCUUCAACUUUUUAUAAUCGGACAUAAUUGGAUGAAAGUCGAUUACUUUAUCAGAAGUUACAUUGUUUGUCAGUUUUUAAAGCUUGUACAUUAGCGUGAAGCACAUUAUUAGAAGGUGUAAUUUGUUCAUCUCGUUAGAUACCUAGAUAUUGCAAUGCUCUGUGAGUUAGAAUGAUUCAUGGCUUGUUUUUAUGGGGCGAGGCAUCUGGUGCAAGGCUCACGAGUGCGAGACUGUGUUUGGUCAGUGGUGCGCGAAGGGCAAGGUCUCAUCAGCGCCACUGACCUCCUCCUUCUAUUACCUGCCAUUAGGAGAACUGCAGUUCACUAAAGCAGUCAUAAAAAUGUUCUACAAGACUGCCAAGUGAACUAAAUCAAUAUUAGAUUCGCGACUUUGUUAACCAAAGUAAGUGAAAUCAAAAGUUGCAGAAAGUUACACAAUGUUUGGCAGUGAUGUGCUAAAAUCUGUGUCGGUGUGCGUGCAAAUAAUGAGGUGAUGUGCGGCGAUAGUGAGCAAUGGAGCCGGGGACGUCGGCGGCAGCGCCCGCGCCCGUGCCGCCGCUCAGACUCAAGAAACUCGCGAGGAUCGCCGCCAAUAAAGAGAAGGCUCGGAGAACUGUCACAUGGGGCCCAGAAACAUGGGUGGGCGUGCGGGCGCUGCGGGCCAGCUCGGGUGGGAUCCUGGACCCUGAUGAUCGAGUGCGCGACGUGGCGGACGACCGCGAGACCCUCACCGCCGAGUGCACUGCGCAGGCGCCUCAGCCGCGCGCGGCUCAGGCCGAUGGAGCCAGCGGCUCCUCUGCUGGGACCGCCUCACCAGAUAUGUUUCGAGGUGGCGGCGGUGUCGGUGGUAGCAUGAGGGUACCCAACUCGGAGUCGUGUGUGGAGGUGGGUGCAGGGGACCUAGAGGAUGGCGCUAGUGGCCUGCAGGUGCGCCGCGGGAGUGAACCCACGCUGCAUCAAGACACUCUGCCGCCUCAGAGACAGGUGACAGAGCAAACGAAGCGGUGGUCGGCGGCGGUGGUGUGCCGCGAGGACAGCGCGCGCGCCACGCAGAAGGUGCUGCCGCUGCCCGAGGGCCGGCCGCCCGACCCGCCGCCGCACUCCGCCCACUUCCAGCGGCAGACUAACCGCUUGUCCAUGCAGUUCUCAGGGCCUGGGAGCGGUGUAUGGUUAGACGCAGCGGAACGGAUACAGACGUACGGCAGCAAGAGUCUUCCUCGAGAUGCGCGGAGAGAACCCCUAGGCCAAGAUACAUCUGUCACUGUCACACCCGUUAACAAUCACCAGAACCACAGAGUGGAAGACAUGUUGCGAUGGGUGUCUGGAGUCAACAAUGUCGCGAACGUGCACCCUGUACAAGAACGCCCACUUGAUCUCUUACCUGAAGUGGGCAACAGCGAGCGCGCCAUAUCGGGCUUGGAGGUGCCAGUCAGCCCCAGCAGUAAGCCCGCCUCGGGGGCCACACAGGCCGUCUCCGUCACGCUGGUCAAGGGCGAGAAGGGACUCGGCUUCACCAUCACCACCCGGGACAACCCUACUGGGGGACACUGUCCUAUCUACAUCAAGAAUAUACUUCCUAAGGGUGCAGCGGUAACAGAUGGGCGGCUGCGUGCUGGGGACCGGCUGGUGUCAGUGAAUGGGGUGUCGGUGGCAGGACUCACGCAGCAGCAAGUUGUGGCUCUGUUAAGGAACACGCCCACUGACUCCACCGUCGACAUCGUCGUUGAAAGACCGGCGCCUAACCGGACACAGAGAGUAGAACCACAACAAAGCCCAGCGAAGUUUACAGAAAAAUCAAUUGGCUCACCAAACAGCAUAACUACGAAACAUACAGAAACGAAGACUGAGAAUCGCGUCUCAUCCAUAGUGAAUGCCAUAAACAAUAAUAAUGCAAACAGUUCCAUACGAGGAAGAAUACCGAAGAGUUCCUCCAAAGAUGACCUGCUGAAAAAGGAUCAGUCAAAUGACAAUUCGCUACAAGAUGUUCUAAAUUCUUCGUCUAGUUCGGUGCUAGGUCUUCGUAACAAGCUAAUCCUCCGACUGGAUGUCCCAGUGCACGAUUCAGAGAAGGCUGGACUGGGCAUCAGUGUGAAAGGGAAAGUCACUGUGGGCUCCGAUCCGCAAGACCUGGGCAUCUUUAUAAAGUCUGUGCUGCAUGGCGGCGCCGCGUCCAGAGAUGGAAG